AAUUCUUGCACGCUUCUUUUCUCCCCUUUUCUUGGUUGCAGAGGAAGAAGAACAGGACCUAGAGAGAAUGGCGAAUCUGCCCCCUAAUCUCUCCCUUGGCGGUGCUUCGUUCGUCGGAGGCCCAGCCCCGCCCUCCCCCUCCGCCGCCUCCUCCGGUCAGCCCCCCAAGGACCGCAAGAUUGCGUCCGCGGAGCAGCUCGUGUUGGACCUCUGUGAUGCUGAGCUCAGGGAGAACGCCCUCCUUGAUUUAUCCAAGAAAAGGGAUAUAUUUCAAGAUUUAGCUCCAUUAUUGUGGCAUUCUUAUGGCACUAUUGCAAUACUUCUUCAGGAGAUAGUUUCAAUAUAUCCUGCACUUUCACCGCCAACAUUGUCACCAGGAGCUUCAAAUCGAGUUUGCAAUGCCCUUGCUCUUCUCCAGUGUGUUGCAUCACAUCCGGAUACACGGAUUCUUUUUCUGAAUGCACAUAUACCUCUUUAUCUGUAUCCAUUUUUGAAUACAACAAGUAAGACAAGGCCAUUCGAGUACUUGAGGCUUACCAGCUUGGGAGUAAUUGGAGCACUUGUGAAGGUUGACGAUACCGAGGUCAUCAGCUUUCUUCUCCAGACUGAAAUAAUUCCUCUGUGUCUGCGCACCAUGGAGAUGGGGAGUGAGCUCUCAAAAACAGUGGCGACAUUCAUUGUUCAGAAGAUCUUGUUGGAUGAUGUAGGCCUUCGCUAUAUUUGUGCUACUGCAGAGCGGUUCUUCGCUGUCGGCAGCGUUUUGGGCAACAUGGUUGUGUCUCUGGCUGACCAACCUUCUACAAGGUUGCUUAAGCACAUAAUCAGAUGUUACCUGAGGCUGUCGGAUAAUCAAAGGGCAUGCGGAGCACUGCGUGGUUGUCUCCCGGAGAUGCUGAAAGAUGGAACAUUCAACAACUGUCUUCGGGACGACCCAGCAACCCGUCGUUGGCUUACACAACUACUACACAAUGUGUCCAACACUAACCUGGGGGCAUCUCUUCAACAGGGAGGGUUUGAUCACAUGAUGGGCAACUAGUAUGGAUUUCGUCACUCCUUUGUCGGUACGAGGGCCACUGUAGAGAUCUUCAUGUCGUAGGGUCUUAAUUUAUAUUGACGGUUGUGUAUUGUAUUGUAUUAUAUUGUAUUGUACUGUACUUUAAGAACUAAGCAGCAAAGCAGCAUGUUUUCAUUUUGUUUACUCUUCCACGGUCGGGUGAAGGGACUUUUUCAGCUCGGAAGCCGAAAAUGUAAUGCUUGUGAAGUUCUGUUUAAGUCGAAACAUUUUUUAUUUUUCUUCA